AUGUCCUCUGCGGCAGAGGCUCUGCCUUCCAGCUGCCAGCUGCCAGCUUCUCCUUAUGCCCCCUUGCUUCCACCGGACCCUUCUGUUCUCGUGACUCUCCCCUGUCUACCAGCCGCCAUCCUCGGAUCACCACCGCUUCAUUCAUUCUCGCGCAUCUGCCAGCAGGGGUGGUGCUCGUGCUUCCAGAGCAGUAGGAAAGAAGGGGGUUUCUCGAGGCACCUCGAACAAUUCCUGCUCCCCCCCCGUUCCUCCCUCCCCCACUUCCCCUCCCCAUGUUUCUCUCCCCAUCAGCCGCCCUCCUCGGAUCGCCACCGCUUCAUUCUCGAGCAUCUGCCAGCGGGGGUGGUGCAUGUGCUGCCACAGCCGGGGGGAGCAGGGGGAGCAGGGGGGGCAGGGGGAGCGGGGGAAAGGGGCGGGGAGAUGCUGGUGAAUGCGCACGUGGAGGCGAUUGUGGGGUACUCGCGGGAGCAGCUGGGGAGUGUGGAUGACUGGUUCUCGCUGCUCUUCCGGGAGCGAGAGGCCGAGGUGAGGAGAGAGACGCCGAGGCCCAUCCCUUCCCCCUCUGUGUCCCCUUCUCCCCAGGUGCGCAAGGUGAUGGAUGCAGAUCGCAAGGCGGGCUUCCCCCAUCCGCGCACCAUGCGAGUGGUGCGGAGCGACGGCGAGCAGCGGUGGGUGGAGGUGGUGGGACGCGACUGCAGCAAUCUCUCCUCUUCCAGUGAUAUAACGGGCGGAGCAGCAGGGGGGGCAGCGGGGGGAGCAAAGGAGGGGGGAGGGGGUGGGCAGCUGUGGGUGGUGAGUGACAUCACGGACCGGCUGAUCGUGCAGGAGAAGUUUCGCCUGCUCUUUGACUUCUCCUCGGACGGCUACCUGGUGUUUGACGAGACGGGCAUCACGGAGUGCAACGAAGCAGCAGUGCGCUGCCUGCGCUGCCCCGACAAGGCCAGCCUGCUGGGCCACCACCCCGCGCUCUUCUCGCCGCUGAAGCAGCCGGACGGGCAGCUGUCCAAGGAGAAGGCUAAAGCCAUGGACCGCCGGGCAGAGCAGCAGGGCAUGCACAAGUUCGAGUGGGUGUAUCAGCGCUUUGACGGCUCUCUAGUCCCCAUAGAGGUGACGCUGACCUUUCUGGAGGUGCAGCAGCAGCACCCCAUGUACCUGGUGGUGUGGCACGAGGUGGCGGAGAUCAAGCAGCAGGCGGAGGAGCUGCGGGCCGCCAAGGACGCGGCUGAGAAGGCCAGCCAGGCCAAGAGCCAGUUCCUCGCCAACAUGAGCCAUGAGAUUCGCACUCCCAUGAAUGGUGUCAUCGGCGUGGCAGAGCUACUACUAGGAACCGACCUCACAGCAGAGCAGCGCUCGUACCUGGAGAUCAUCCGCUCGUCGGGGGACAAUCUCCUGAGAAUCAUAUCGGACGUGCUGGAUCUUUCCAAGAUCGAAUCCAAGAACCUGGCGCUGGAGCACAUCGAGUUCAACAUCCAGCAGCAGGUGACGGAGGCACUAGUGCUGCUAGAGGUGGUGGCGAAAGAUAAGGGGGAGGAGGAGGUGGGAUCCUGUGUGUCCCCUCUCCCUCCACUGAAUGUUACUCCCCUCCCUAUCACAUUCCCAUCCCAUAUGUUGUUGACUCCCGUGCUGCAGGUGACGGAAGCACUGGCCCUGCUAGAGGUGGUGGCGAAGGACAAGGGGCUGUAUCUAGAGCUGGAGAUUGCUGAAGAGGUGCCGUCCGUGGUGGUGGGCGAUCCAGUGCGGUUGAGGCAGGUGCUGCUGAACCUCAUCUCCAACUCCAUCAAGUUCACCGACAAUGGCGGAAUCACAGUGGAUCUGCGUCUGGCCACAGACGAAGAGAUUAAAGAGGUGCGGGACACGGGGGUGGGCAUGGACGAGAGUGCGCGCAGCCGGCUGUUCAAGGCGUUCUCGCAGGCCGACAACUCCACCAGCCGCCGCUACGGUGGCACCGGGCUGGGCCUGGCCAUCUGCAAGAGCCUCUGCAAUCUCAUGGGAGGGGAUAUCAGCCUGCACAGCCAGGUGGGCGUGGGGUCCACCUUCUUCUUCUACGUGCGGGUGGGCGUGGUGAGGCGCGAUGCCCAGUCAGGUGCAGUAUCAGCGGAGCAGUCACUCACAAGCGAUGUGGAGCCGCUGUGGAAGCACCUGCAGGACCUUAGAGUGCUCGUGGCCGAGGUGAGGGGUGGUUUGUGUUGGGGUUGA